AUUGUUGGUCCAUUUGAUGAGGAUGAAGAAUUCAUUCAAGAAGAUUUUCAUUUGUUAGAAGUGUAUUCUAAAAGCUUGUAUAGUGACAAACUAGUAUCAGAAUUAGAAAAAGGUGUGGAAAAAUCUAGAAAGAAUAGUGACCUUGUUAUGAAAGUUGCCUCAAUUCUCCUCUCUCAACCUCAGAUGAAAGUUAGACAUGAGUUGAAAUUUCAUGGCAAUAAACACAGGUAAUGAAGGUCUUUUUCUAUAGACUGUUUACCUCUCAGCUGUUAUGAGCAAUUUGCAA